ACGGCGACUUACUGUCGUAACGUGCUAGUUGAGCGUUACCAGAGACUCUCCCGUGAUAGAGCCUCGGAGGUUGUUAAGGUGAACAUAAAAGAAUCUCUGGAACCACAUACAAAGGUUACGUCAUUUUUCCUGCGCCAAAUUCAAUCUGGCUGAGCGCAUGUGCGCAGGUUCACAGGAACCGAAGCGAUCUAACGUUCAACAUGGCGUUAAGCAAAACAUACGGACAGAAACCCAUUAAAUUCCAGCUGGAGGAGGAUGGAGAAUUCUACAUGAUUGGGUCAGAGGUGGGAAAUUACUUGCGUAUGUUCAGAGGGUCUUUAUAUAAGCGCUACCCAUCACUCUCUAGAAGACUAGCGACAGUAGAAGAAAGAAAGAAGAUCGUCGCAUCAUCUCACGAUCACGGUUACACCACUUUAGCCACCAGUGUGACACUGCUGAAGGCCUCAGAAGUCGAGGAGAUAUUUGAGGGACAUGAUGAGAAGUACAAGGCUGUGUCGAUCAGCACAGAGCCUCCAGCCUAUCUCAGGGAACAGAAAGCCAAGAGAAACAGUCAGUGGGUGCCGACUCUUCCCAACAGUUCCCAUCACCUGGAUGCUGUUCCUUGCUCCACCACAAUCAACCGCAACCGUAUGGGUCGUGACAAAAAGAGGACCUUCCCCCUCUGCUUUGAUGAUCAUGACCCUGCUGUCAUCCAUGAGAAUGCCACCCAGUCUGAGAUCCUGGUGCCUAUCCGACUGGACAUGGAGAUUGACGGGCAGAAGCUGCGAGAUGCUUUCACAUGGAACAUGAAUGAGAAACUUAUGACUCCAGAGAUGUUUGCAGAAAUCUUGUGUGAUGACCUGGACCUGAGUCCGCUGACCUUUGUUCCUGCCAUUGCCUCGGCAAUCAGACAGCAGAUAGAGUCCUAUCCCACAGACAGCAUACUGGAUGAGCAGAUGGACCAGAGAGUGAUUAUCAAGUUAAACAUACACGUUGGGAACAUAUCUCUUGUGGAUCAGUUUGAAUGGGACAUGUCUGAGAAGGAGAACUCACCUGAAAAGUUUGCACUGAAGCUGUGCUCUGAGCUGGGGCUGGGAGGAGAGUUUGUAACCACUAUCGCAUAUAGCAUCCGAGGCCAGCUAAGCUGGCAUCAGAGGACAUAUGCUUUCAGCGAGAACCCUCUCCCCACAGUGGAGAUUGCCAUCAGAAACACAGGUGAUGCUGAUCAGUGGUGUCCACUGCUAGAGACACUGACCGAUGCUGAGAUGGAGAAGAAGAUCAGGGACCAGGACAGAAACACAAGGCGGAUGAGGAGACUUGCAAACACAGCCCCAGCAUGGUGAUGAUAACGGCACCUUCCCACAAUUAUGGAAACAUAAAGAGCAGAUGAAACUCCAAUAGAGCUACAACACAGAAUUACUGAAAUUUAGACAUUCCAUUGGCCAGUCCUGAAGACUUCCAGUCCCCCCAGAUCAAAGUUUAAGUUGGGCAACUUGUAAUUUACUGUAAACUAAGUAAUGUCUGUGCCAGUCUGGCCUAGUCAAAAGCCCUGUGUGGUGACCUUUCCCUAUAUCCAAUAUCUGACCACUCCGACACAGACGGUGUCUGUUUUGAAAUGUUGAGAGUAUCUUAUGGUAUCUUUAUUUGUCUUGUUUUGCAUUUGUGUAUAGAUGCCAAUUUGUAAACAUAAUGUACUUUUAAAUAAAAUGAUUACAGUAAGAUUAGUUUUUUUUUUUUGCCUGUUGUUUUGGAUUGCCUUUUGUUCAAAACAACUUGCAAUACAAGUCACAAGGACGGUCUUUAUGAGGCAACCUCUGGGGUGAAGUGUCUUACUUGGAAGCAAAAUGUGCUUUAGAGGUGACCCAUGCUGGCCCAUGUUUCCAUUUUUUAAUACUGAAAUAUAGGGCAAACCACCAGAAAGGAAAGCUAACGCAAGAUAAGCCUUCGAGUGUUUGUAUUUAUAUUCAGAUAGAGCAAAAGUUUCUCGAAGCUUCUUGCAAAUGUAUCCAUUGUGUUGUUUCUUAAGGCAUAUUGCAGUCUUUCCGGAGAACAAACUUCCAAACAAUUUAUCUUAACCAUUUUGACAAAGCAUU